GCAUCACAUACAAAGGACUGCUCGUCUAGUAACGUUAUCCUUACCCUGAAAAUAUGUUCAACUUCAUUGUGAUUGCUUGCGUGCUCGGAGCGGCGACUGCAGCGCCCUCCUGGCCUCUGGCUCCCACUGCCCCUAUCGAAGUUGAUUCCAUGUCGGUACCUCGUUACAACUUCAACUACGCCGUGAACGAUCCUUUAACUGGCGACAAGAAGGCGCAAACUGAAGUUCGCGACGGCGGCUACGUCAAAGGCUCCUACUCACUAUCCGAACCCGAUGGCACCUUGAGGGUAGUGGACUACACCGCUGAUCCAGUGGCGGGAUUCAAUGCUGUAGUAAAACGAGUGGGUCUAGCUGCCCACCCGCAGCAGUUGUUGGCUCCUGUUAUUACUAAACAAAUUGUGGCCCCUAUUGCCCCGAUUGCCUCGCACCUCUUAGCCGCCCCUAUCAUAACCGCCCCAGCUAUGUCAAAGCUUGGGGGCUUCGGUCGGGAAUACGAUUACGGCCUAGACAGCCGCGGGCUGGGCUUAGGAGGUUAUAACCUAGGACUCUCUGGUUAUGAUGGUCUUGGGGGGUUGGGCCUAUGGAAAUACUAGGCGGAUAGAAAUCUACGCUCGCAAUUUUAAUACCAACAACAUUAUGAUUAUGAACUAUUGCGUUGUCGCAUAUGAAUUAUAAUGAAUGUGGUGUUUCAUGUAUUUCACAAGCGAAACGUCAAUAGUAUUUAAAGCAGAACGAAUGAAUUUAUAAUGUAAAUAAA